AUGACAGAAAUACAAAUAAAAGUCCGUGCAGAUAUAAUAACAAAGGAACCUUUAUGGUCAGAGAAUACUGCUGUGUCCGAGCUUUAUCCAUCUCCAUCGGGGAAAAUGUUGCGAGUUUUAUUAUCUAUUGAAAUAAGAAAUAGCAGCGGAAUAGAGAUUGAAUCAUUUAUACACAGUGCUAGCAGUGUCAUUGCAGGCAAAGCAUCAUAUAAAUUCAGGGUUGUGGGAGAAGCAAAGAUUAUUGCAAUUUUUGAAGUAGAUGAUGAUUCAGUUGUGAACAAUGUGACUGCUGAUAUAAUGAAGAUGGGCCCCUGUAAUGUGACAUGCACACCUCUUAUUGGUACUGAAAGGAUCGCGAGUAUUAUAGGACUAAGUUCCCUACAAGAUAUGCCAAAAAACGUACCGAUUAUCUAA